AUGAAGAAAGAAGAGGAAGGGGAAGAAGGAAGAAGAAAGAAAAGUGAAGAAGAGGAAAGAAGAAGAAGGAAGAGGAGGAGGAAGAAGAAGGGGAAGAAGGAGAAGAGGAAGAAGGGGAAGAAGAGGAAUAAGGGGAAGAACAGGAAGAACAGGAAAAAGGGGAAGAAGAGGAAGAAGAGGAAGAAGAUGAAGAAGGGGAAGAAGGGGGAGAAGGGGAAGAAGAGGAAGAAGGGAAGAAGAGGAAGAAGAGGAAGAAGGGGAAGAAGGAGAAGAAGAGGAAGAAGGGGAAGAACAGGAAGAAGUGGAAGAACAGGAAGAAGAGGAAGAAGGGGAAGAAGAGGAAGAAGGGAAGAAGAGGAAGAAGAGGAAGAAGGGGAAGAAGGAGAAGAAGAGGAAGAAGGGGAAGAACAGGAAGAAGUGGAAGAACAGGAAGAAGAGGAAGAAGGGGAAGAAGGGGGAGAAGGGGAAGAAGAGGAAGAAGAGGAAUAA